AUGCUCAAACAUGCAAACCAAGUGGUGGUAUCCGGGGAAGAAAACCGCAUCCAGGAGAAUGCAACCGUGAGAACAACUCGGAUUGUUGUGUCCAAGGGAGGUGAUGGUGGUGGUCCGUCGGAGUGUGACAACCAAUACCACUCUGAUGACACACCAGUUGUGGCGCUGUCAACUGGAUGGUACAAGGGAGGGGAUAGGUGCCACAAGUAUAUUACCAUCAAUGGAAAUGGGAGGAGUGUAAAGGCAAUGGUUGUGGAUGAGUGUGACUCUACUAUGGGGUGCGAUGAUGAUCAUGACUAUCAACCACCUUGCCCUAAUAAUAUUGUUGAUGCUUCUAAAGCAGUGUGGAAGGCCUUAGGGGUAUCCGAGGAUAACUGGGGAGAUUUGGAUAUUACCUGGACAGAGUGA